CCGAGUUGGACGACAGGUGGCGGUGGAUGAGCGCUCGGUCCAGCACCGCCGACGAGGACACGCGGCUCCCGAUCCUAGAAAAGUACACACAAGAGAGCAAUGCGGUUGCUGCAAAGCACGCGACGUGGACCAAGUCCUUCAUUAUGGGCGGCCUAGUCCUUUUCAUUACCGGCACUGCCGUGGUCUUUGGCAUGACGGGUGCGUCAUCAAACGACAAGGCGUUGUUUAAAAGGGACUACAAUGUCGAUUUGCGCAAGAAUUGCACGGAAGCGUACUUGACCCAACCGUUGAAUCAGUUUGGCGCCACUGGCAACACAUACGAGGAGCGAUACUUUGUAUGCGAUGCUGAGUGGAAGCAAGGCGGCCCGAUCUUCUUCUACACGGGCAAUGAAGCAAACGUCGAGCUGUACUUGAACCAUACAGGACUCAUGUGGGAGAACGCUGCCGAGUUUGGCGCGAUGCUCGUGUUUGCCGAACACCGAUACUUUGGUCUGUCGAUCCCAGACGAUGCCCUCAACCGCAUGGAGUACUUGUCGUCGGAGCAAGCGCUUGCCGACUACGCCGUGCUCAUUCGGGAGCUCAAGGACGUGUACAAUGCGACGUCAAGCGCCGUGAUUGCGUUUGGCGGGUCGUACGGCGGCAUGUUGGCCACUUGGUUUCGUCAGAAGUACCCACACGUCGUGGACGGCACGAUUGCUGGGUCUGCACCGGUCUUGGCGUUCGAUGGCCAAACUCCCGCCGCUGACAUGAGCUCGUUCAUGCGGAUUGUCACGUUCGAUGCGACGCCGGCCGCCGGUGCUGAAGCCAACUGUGUGCCCAACAUAAAGAGCGUCUGGGGCAAGAUUGAAGCGGCAGCGAAAACUCCGAGUGGCCGCGACACGCUCGCGACGGCGUUUGGAUUUUGCAAGUCAUUUGACACCGAGGCCGACGCAUUGGGGCUCUUCGACUGGAUUCAAGGCGCAUUUGCGUCCAUGGCGAUGGGAAAUUACCCGUAUCCGUCGUCGUAUCUCAUGAACGGCGUCAGCAUCAUGCCCGCUUACCCCGUCCGCGUCGCAUGCUCACAUUUGAAGGAUCUGCUCAUCGACGACGACGUGGCACUUUUUCGUGCUGUCCGCAACAGCGUCGGCGUGUAUUACAACACGACAUUCGACAAACCAUGCUACUCGUUCGGGCAGCCGUCGAACGAAUCCCAGCACGACACCGACUUUUGGGACUACCUGUCGUGCUCAGAGAUGUACAUGCCCAUGGACCAAGACGGCGUCGACGAUUUCUACACGCCAAGCUUUCACAACGUGUCGGCCACGAACGAGAGCUGCUUCGCCAAAUGGAACGUUCCCCUUCGCCCGACGUGGGCAAACACCGUGUACGGCGGCCGCCAAGGCCUCGAAGCCACGUCGAACAUUGUGUUUACGAACGGCAACUACGACCCGUGGUCCGGCACGGGCGUCCUCACGUCUGUGUCGGACUCGGUCGUCGCCCUCCGAGUUGACGGAGGAGCCCACCAUUUGGACUUCAUGUUUAGCCAUCCGUUGGACAUGCAGUCUGUCAAGGACGUCCGCAUCGAGCAGAAGAAGCACAUGCGCAAGUGGAUCGCGGCCAAGAUGACCAAGACUGCACGAGUCGCUUCGCGUGGCAAUCGAAGCCGUUGAAACUCUUUCGCGCACUGCAUUGGAUGUGGUGUCUUGCGUAUCAGAUCUGGGGUAGCUCGAUGGCGCCGCGACUGUCGUCGACAUGACGGAAGUGACGAAGUCAAUGUCGAGCCCAGAGAUCUGCAGCCUUACAAGCACGUAGUACCAGUAGAUGCAGACCAAGGCGCAUUACUGGGGUGGCGUCGUGCGAGAGAUUGUUCCGAGCGGCACACGAUGGCCCCCAGUUGAUGAAAGGACGACAGCCACUGCGUUGGGGAGCUGCAU